AUGAGGAAAACCUCCGAGGAUUGUCUCACUUUGUCUCCAGACUGGAAAGUAGAAGAUGAGGACAUCACACAGUAUAGUCCAGGAGAAAACCCGGCUCCCUCCAAUGUCCAUCCGGCACCACCCAGUGUAGAUGGACCAUCGGAUUCCUCGUAUCCUGAGGAACCUCAGACUGUGCGGGACCGGGCCGGCCUUCCAACAGGGAAGAGCUUUCCCUGUACUGAGUGCGGGAAGGUUUUUCAUCAUAAAUUCCUUGUUAUUAGGCAUCAAAGGUCUCACACGGGGGAAAAACCAUAUUCCUGUCCUGAGUGUGGGAAACGUUUUUCUCAAAAGUCCCAUCUUGUCAGACAUCAGAGAUCUCACACUGGGGAGAAGCCACUUUCCUGUUCUGUGUGCGGGAAAUGUUUUUCACAGAAGUCCAGUCUGCACAAACAUCAGAGAUAUCACACGGGGGAGAAGCCGUAUUCCUGUCCUGAGUGCGGAAAGUGUUUUUCAGAGAAGUUCAAUCUUUACAGGCAUCAGAGAUCUCAUACAGGGGAGAAGCCGUAUUCCUGUCCUGAGUGUGGGAAAUGUUUUUCAGUGAAGUCCGAUCUUUCCAUACAUCAGAGAUCCCACACAGGGGAGAAGCCGUAUUCCUGUCCUGAGUGUGGGAAAUGUUUUUCACAUAAGUCCAAUCUUUACAAGCAUCAGAGAUCUCACACAGGGGAGAAGCUGUAUUCCUGUCCUGAGUGCGGGAAAUGUUUUUCAAGGAAGCCCAAUCUUCACAGCCAUCAGAGAUCUCACACAGGUGAGAAGCCGUAUUCUUGUUCUGAGUGCGGGAAAUAUUUUUCAAGAAAGUCCUAUCUUUACAAACAUCAGAGAUAUCACACGGGGGAGAAGCCACAUUCCUGUCCUGAGUGCGGGAAAUGUUUUUCACAGAAGUCCAAUCUUUACAAGCAUCAGAGAUCUCACACAGGGGAAAAGCCAUAUUCUUGUUCUGAGUGCGGGAAAUAUUUUACAAGGAAGUCCAGUCUUUACAAGCAUCAGAGAUCUCAUACAGGGGAACAGACAUAUUCCUGUUCUGAGUGCGGGAAAUGCUUUUCACAGCAGUCCCAUCUUUCCAGACAUCAGAGAUCCCACACAGGAGAGAAGCCACUUUCCUGUCCUGAGUGA